GUCGGCAUCUUUUUUUUCUCUGCGAAUCACAAGUCUACACUUCUCUCUCUCUCUCUCUUUCUCUCUAAUCACAAAGCUUCCAUGGCGUCAGAUCAGAGCACAAAUCCACCGAUCAUGGAGGCAAAGACGAGACAUCCUCUUCACCAGAUCGCAGAUACACCAACACACAAGCUUCUCCUGAAACAAUGGCUAAAAGAAGAAGAGCUAAUCCUCAGCCGUGUCUCUCACAAAGAAUCUCAGAUCGAUUCCGUUCGAAGAGAAAUCACUCAGCUUUACAUUUUCUUCUUUCUCUUCCACUCCAUUUCUCUGUUACUCCUCUUCCACGCCUCUUCUUCAUCAUCACCUUCCUCUGCUUCUGCUUCCAGUGCUUGUAAAAGAUCAUGGAUCCCUUCACUCUGCGCUCUGCUAUCUUCGUUGGGAAUCAUUUGGGCGGUGAGGUACAAAUCGGAAGUGGAAUCGCAUCUUGAGAAGUUGUUGGAGAGGGAGAAAGAAGAUGCGAAGCUGUUGCGUAAAUGUGUUGAAGAGUUGAAGAAGAAAGGUAUCGAAUUUGAUUUGCUUAAGGAAGUUGAUGCUCUUCGUAGAGCAAAGAGUUUGAGAGUUGAGUCCAAGCCUGUGAGGAAAUGGUCUGCUAGGGAUUUUGUGACGCUCUUCUUCUUCUCUGUUUCGUGUUUGGUUCUUGCCAUGAUUAGGCUUAUUCUCUGCGAUUAGAUUCUUGUGCUCUUUUGUUGCUAUGAUUUAGCAGAAUUCUCUGGUUUCUGCAAUUUUAGUGUUUUUUUAGUUUUGUUUGAGAUAAUAAAGAAAAAGAACAUGUUUAAUUCUCAUC